UGUAAUCCUCUAGACACACGCUCGGUCUGGCUGCCUACUAGCUCUGAGAGAGAGAGAGGGAGAGUCAGGUGGAGGAUGAAAACAGAGUAACCAAGUGAGAAGGACAAAAAGAUGAGGUGAGGAAAAGAAAAGAGCAGCCUCUUGAGACAGAGAGCGAGAGAGAGGCAGUGAGGUUGGCAGAGGAGAGGAGAAACCAUCAAAAGACUCGCACGACUUCAAGUGGAGGGAGCAGAAGCAGUGGAGACAGUGGUGGAGGGAGCAGGAGCGGAGGAGACUGUGGCGGAGGGAGCAGGAGUUGUGAUGCUUCUCUCGAGCGCUGCCUAAACUACAACCAGCAGAGAGGGAGGGACUUACUCAAGCUUGGAUGAGAGGAGAAGAAAAUGAAGAGGAUGGGCGAGAUAGGCAUAUCUCGUUUAAUUCAGGCUCACACGUGCGUAUUGACAUGACCCCGGUUUGGUGUGACAAGCUGCUCUUAAUGAGUGUGAGGAGGCAGAGUGUCCAUGUUUGGGAGAUGAAUGCACGCUGGCACUAAUUGUGGCUGCUUCUUGAAAGUCAUCAGGAGACGCGCACUGUUCUGAGUGUGUGCGUGUGCGACUGGACGCACACGGUUGCACUCCCAGGAAAGUGUGAAGAGCCUUGUGGGCAGCAGAUUCACAACACCACCUUAAGCUCAGUUUCGCCUUCACCCUCAAGUGGACCUCGAACACCAACACCGCUGUCUUAUCGAAAGGUCGUGGGGGGUCAGCCUUAUCGUCCAUUUCCCCGGUGGAUGCCUCCAAACUGCAGCCAUGGGAGAAUGGACCAUCCUGGAGCGCCUCUUGGAGGCCGCCGUGCAGCAGCACUCUACUAUGAUAGGAAGGAUCCUGCUGACGGUGGUUGUGAUCUUUCGUAUCCUGAUCGUGGCUAUUGUAGGCGAGACAGUGUAUGAGGACGAGCAGACCAUGUUCAUCUGCAACACCCUGCAGCCGGGCUGCAACCAGGCAUGCUAUGACAAGGCCUUUCCUAUUUCGCACAUCCGCUACUGGGUAUUCCAGAUCAUACUGGUGUGCACGCCCAGUCUCUGCUUCAUUACUUACUCCGUCCACCAGUCGGCCAAACAGCGAGACAGACGCUACUCCUUUCUCUAUCCCAUAAUGGAGCGGGACUACGGGGGAAGGGACGGGGCACGAAAGCUGCGCAACAUUAAUGGAAUUUUAGUUCAGCAUGGCGGCGACGGCGGCGGCGGGAAGGAAGAACCUGACUGCUUAGAAGUAAAGGAGAUCCCCAAUGCCCCACGAGGCCUCACGCACGGGAAGAGCUCCAAAGUACGUCGACAAGAAGGGAUCUCACGUUUUUACAUCAUUCAAGUGGUGUUCCGAAACGCCCUCGAGAUUGGAUUUUUGGCGGGUCAAUACUUCCUCUAUGGCUUUAGCGUGCCUGGGAUUUUCGAAUGUGACCGCUACCCAUGCCUGAAGGAGGUGGAGUGUUAUGUCUCGCGUCCCACGGAAAAAACUGUAUUCCUGGUAUUCAUGUUUGCGGUGAGCGGUAUUUGCGUGGUGCUCAACCUGGCCGAGCUCAACCAUCUGGGUUGGCGCAAGAUUAAAGCGGCCAUUAGGGGCGUCCAGGCCCGCAGGAAAUCCAUUUGUGAGAUCAGGAAGAAAGACAUGGCGCAUCUGUCCCAACCACCCAACCUGGGGCGCACACAGUCCAGUGAGUCAGCCUACGUCUGAUGAUGAAGAGUAGAGGAAGAUGAGUGGAGCGAAUGUGUGAGUGCGAGAAUGAAGUAAUUAUGAUUUUAGUGCAAUGAAGCUACCGCAGGGGUCAACCCAAAUGAUUUACUCUCUGUGAUGAUGGAAUGACAACCAAGUGCCCGUCUUGGUCACUUAGAGCGUCAGGACAGAAAUCUAAGACUCAAAAAGACGCAUAAAGACAUGAUGAACACAUUUUAAUCUCAUUUUCGAGAGCUAUUCUAACUGUCGUUUUUUACUACAAACUCCUCAGCCCCCUUGUCUUUUAACUGGGAGAGACAAAUCCUCGCAGGGCUGGACAGGGAACAACUAAAUGGGGCUGUUUUUUGUUAUUUUGGGAUAUUGGGGGAGAUGAUAGCAGGCCUUUGACGCAUCCCAUGGUGCUUUUCUGGACUGUGUCAGCUUCACCGAAAAAAGGAACGGGACAGGGAGAAUGAGCAGCAACAGCACAAAAAGAAGGAACGGAAGACCUGUCAGAGGCACGGCAGGAGAAAGGAGGCAAGUUUGUGAGUGUGCGAGAAUAGGAGGGGGACAGCACACUCUGGGAAAACAUGUGAAAGUGGGCAAGCGAGGGAACGAGGCUCGGUCGCUUCCUCCCGCGGCUCAAAGUGAAGCCAAGCGAGAAAGAGCUGCUUCUGAUCAUCAUCACCCCCCGUCCAAGCCAAAGCCAAGAGAAGUAGAGUGAUGGUGUUUAUGUUUUGUCUCUUGGCAAAAUAUUAUUUUAACACAAACAUAGCUAGUACCAUGAACGCAUUUUUUUCGCUCCUCUUCCCUAUCUCUCGCUCGCUCUUCCACCAGAGUUGGCAGCUAUGUAGAUCCCAGGGGGCUUCGGGUGACAGUAAUGACCCUCGCUGCUCUCCUUCUACGUAGAUGUUGGAGAGGAACUAAUGAACACAUGGACGUGGUGUGUAAACGUUUGUCUCUCCCAAAGCACAAACCAAACGCUCCUCUAACAGCAUUCCAGGGUGUUGAGGGCCGAGGGAGAGCCCGUACAGAAGGACGAGUGGGAAAAGGGAACAAUAGCAGAGCCGAGGACUUCAAGAUCAUUCGAUUUCAUUAUAUCACAACUUGGUAUAAUUUUAUUUUGAGAAUGCAAUGGUGCCAUCAUUGAGAGACUGAUUUUGUUGUUGUUGAAAAGAUGAAUAGAGUAUAUGAGUGAUAUUUAUCCAUCAAGAGUAUAUCCAAAUGGAUUUAUUUAUCUUUAUGGGUGGGGCGUUUGUGACAUUUUCUUUUUUUUUUUCUUUUUCUAAAUGUAUGAACUGUUUGUCUUUUUUUAAUUUUGUCUAUCUUUUUCACUGAAACUGAUUAUCGGCACAGGGAGGGAAGAGUUACUCUUGCGAAGUUUGUUUGUUUGUCAAAUUCUAUGCUGAUGUGCAACUGAUUUUGUUAGAUGCAAUGCUUUUUUUGUUUAACUUUGCUCGUUUGCAUUUAAGAUGCAACAGUCAAACUGAAUAGUUCUUUUUUUUUUUUCAUAGAGAGCCUUGAUUUGCUUUUUCAAAAUCAGCUGCACAGCUUCAGGCAACUAAGGCCUGUGACCCAUGUGAAAAAGGCAUGUUUACACGAUGCAAUGUUAUUGAAUGAUCAAGCUGUGUAACCCAAUGAGUUUGAGAUCUUUUAUUUUGUAUUUAUUAUUAUUAUUUUUUUAAUUGUGCGUGAUCUCCUGAGUGGAUUUCAGCAUGCAUGCAAUGUAAAAGACUAGUAAAAGAGAGCUAUGAAAGUAUGAGGGAAAAAAAACAUUUGAAAGUGUUGCACCUUGAUUUCUGAAGACAAGUGGGAGAGUGGUAGACUGAAGGAUUUUUGGUUGUGAAUUACAGAAUAUAGGGCAGCAUGGUGGAGUAGUUGUUAAGACUUAUGCGGCACAGUCGACAGGUUCUGGAUUUGAGCCUGGAUGAAGGAGUAAAAAAUUCUGUUCAAGCUUCCUGUGCGGAGUUUUAUAUUGGCUUGCAUUGGUUUUCUCCAUUGGUUGCUCCGGCUUCCUCCAACAUUCCAAAACAUUCUAGUUCAGUUGAAAACUGUAAAUGUCCUACAGGUGUGACUGUGAAUGAUUGUCUAUAUGUGCCCUGUGAUUGGCAGGUGACCAGUCCAGGGUGUACUACGCCUCUCACCCAAAGUCAGCUGGGACAUUUUCCAGCUCUCCCACAACCCUAAUGGGGACAAGCAGAAUAGAAAAUGGAUGGAUGGAUAGAAUUAUACGUUCCCAGACACACAUACUCAGUUAACACACUGAGCCUACGAAACAAGAUAUACUGGAGGUAUGGAAAAUAUCAUUCUGAUAUAACGCAGUAUAUUGCACUUGUGGAAAAACAUAAAAUGGGCUUGGAUAGAUUUGACCUCUUCAUCUGUUAGGAAUAAGCUUCAAGAGGUGGCGCAAAAAAAUGCCACAAAUAUCUUUUUACUGAUUCUGGUGCAGUAACAAAGAAACCUCAUCACCGUGGUGAUAUCACUUAUGACCAGACAAAUGACAAAACAAAUCCCACAUUGCAAACAACAACAAAGAGCAGCUGAGGCCAGGCAUCAGUUUCAAGAACUGCAUACUACAACUCAGCAUACUAUGGUAUUGUCUGAUGCUUUUACAGAUAGGUGCUUUAACAGGUAGUUAGGUGUGGGCCACAAAGACAUGACUGUUAAUGUAAUGAUUUGGAAUAUUCCUAAACGUAAGGACACACACACAACAGAUUAAUAACUACUAGAUGCAAGACCAUAUAACAAAUAUUUUGAGGACAUGUUAGUUAGUGCUGUCAAUCUCCCCAUGCUGCAUAUCGAUUUUAUUUCCAAUGAGACACAACUGAUACAGUGGAACCUUUCAUGUUGAUCACCGAUUCGUUUGGAUUUGUGAUAAUAUUUCCCAUAGGAAAUAACAGACAUGGAAAUAAUUCAAGCCCUCCCCAAAAAACAUAAAACACUGCCUUGAGUUUGGUAACAACUGAUGAUGUGUAUGGAAAAGCUGGAGUGUGAUUGUGUAAAUUCUGGUAUAUAUUCUUCUCCUAUUGCGUUGAAUUUGAUUUAGGAAUUUAGGAAGUGUUUCUAAAAAGGCCGGCACGGUGGACGACUGGUUAGCACAUCUGCCUCACAGUUCUGAGGACCAGGGUUCAAUCCCCGUCCCCGUCUGUGUGGAGUUUGCGUGUUCUCCCCGUGCCUGGGUGGGUUUUCUCCGGGCACUCCGGUUUCCUCCCACAUCCCAAAAACAUGCGUGGUAGGUUGAUUAAAGACUCAAAAUUGUCCGUAGGUGUGAAUGUGAGUGUGAAAGGUUGUUUGUUUCUAUGUGCCCUGCGAUUGGCUGGCGACCGGUUCAGGGUGUACCCCGCCUCCUGCCCGAAGAUAGCUGGGAUAGGCUCCAGCAAGCCUGCGACCCGCGUGAGGAGAAGUGGUGAAGAAAAUGCAUGGAUGGAUGUUUCUAAAAAGCCAAAAAAAAAACUAAACGCGUACAUACUUUCUUCUUUGAUACUGAUUGAUCAGAGCAGUGUCAUGCAUAAUGGGAGGUUGAACUCCAAAGUUCUGUGAGAAUUUAGAGGGAAACAGCCUGUUAUUUAGGUUCCACUGUAUUUCCAUUCGGUUUCAAGAGGGCUCCGAUACAAGGCUGUCUGUCAAGCUCAAACCCUACAGGGUCAUGAGGGCAGAUACAGUAAAUGACCAAGCUGAAUUGGAGCCAAACUGAUCCAUUACUGUAGUGGUGACCUACAUUGCAUUACCUCUGAAAACUGAAGUGCUUUAUUCCUGCCUUCUGCUUCUAUUUUCACAUCAAAACAAUAAACUAACAAUGUGAGUAUAUAUUGGAAAGUAUAUUUCUUUUAGUUUCCUCUUUAUUCUAUUAGAAUGGGAACAUAAAAAUGGUAAAAUGUCCAUUCUUGUACUUCUGUCAGCCACUGAAAAUAGUUUUCAUUAUAUUAAUGGAACAAAAAAAUCAUUUUUGUAAAAAACAGAAACAAAAAAACCCAACAAAUGAUGAAGUCAACACCCAUCAACCAACAUCCAUCAAAUUUAAGACUGCGGGCUAAGAGCUCUUAUUACAGUUUAAAUCUGCGUCAUAACAUAAAAUGGCUUUCACAUGUCAACAAGCACAAGCUCCACUGUGUCUUGGAGCGACAAGAACAAAGGAUGAAGCCGACAAAAUCCCCAUAAAAUCUCUGUUCUCUACUCACUAAUCUCUCUGAUUCUUCCUGGUGAUUAUCCCCAGAUUUAGACUCUUCCAAGCAUCUUCAAUGCUCCUCAUUUGGGAUUGAUGUGUUCCACUGUAUGCGCUGGGCAGAUACACUGACACGACACUCCAGAAUACCUAAUAAUAGAGUUGGAGUCUUGGCUUCUUCCUCAGUUAGCGCUUGCACUUGUAGAAAAAGGCUUAUCACUGACCUUGAGCCUUAAGGCCAAGCCAAUGUCCUGUACCAUGCGCACUCGCUACCCAGAACUGAUCUCAACUCCACCACAAGGGUCAGUGCGUGUGUUACACCUAUUUUAGAGGAUGGUGGACACACAUGUUAAACUUGUUUGUCUAAAAUCCCGUCAGUGUGUGGUUGUAGAAGGACAUACAGGACAAAUGGGUUCAUUUAGAACACACGACUCCUCACAGGCAAACUACUGCAACACGACAGUCAGCAGUCCAUCACGACCCAAGGCAGGCAAAUUUCUUCCAACAUUCCACUACUCUCCGCAGUCUCCACUUUUCUAUUUGUCAAUGUGAAAUUAUGCAGCUUUGUUUGUUCUCAUUUGCUUAUCUUUUUGACUUGUGGGUUCAUUUUGUUGUCUGUUGCUCUUUUUGUGUGGUAAGAUGUCAAAAAAAAAAAAAAAAGAAAGUUUUUGUAUGUAAAAGAUCAAAAGAUACAAAUAUCAACAAGAGUAGCGAGCCUAAAAGAAAAUAUGUUAUAUUGCCUCCCAUGCCAAAGUGAUAUGCAAAAUUUGAUUUGUUUUUUUAACUGCAUGUGUAAUGGAUAGAUUAAGCAUGUUUCUGUUUUCUUCCACAAUAACUUUGAAAUACGUUUUUUAGCAAGCUGUUGCGUCUCAAUGCCAAGUGUGUAUAUAAAUGACCAAGGUUUUCAGACAGUACAGAGACACAAUACCAACUCAGUGAUUGUAGUUCAACAGACACCCAAAAGAUUUUGAUAACCUCAACACAGUCAACCUUUUUACCUUAGGAUACAGAUGAAAAUACCUUUAAACAUAUUGUAGAAGAGGUUUUGCUUUAUACGCCAAUAAGUCCAGCAAAACACAGGGUAUACAGGACUAUGGGUAUGCAAAGAAGAUCAGACCAUUCCAGGGUUAAGAUCCCAGCACAACGUCUAAUCAAAAUACAAUUUUAAAACUUUUAAUGUGUUGAAUACCGUGAAAUUUCUGUGAAAUAAUUUUGCAAAAUGAUUGUUUCAGUCCAACAGACUCAGGAAAUAAAGUAUUUGUGAUCUUUGAAAACGGAAAUCACUUUUAUAGAAAUAAUCAAGUAAGUAAGCGUACUUUCCGUUUGCCAUCUUAUACUUGGGAGUCUAGUAACGAUAAUGAAGAAUGAUUCAUGGUCUACUGGUGCUACUGAGGUUAGACUUCACCAAAAUUCGGACAUCAAUGUAGACCUAAUCAUUUGUUUUCCUAUUUACAAGUGCAAAGUAGAUGUCCAUAAAAUCAUGCUCUUUGUCUUGACUGUUCCAAAUUACUAACACCACAAACACUCAUUUUAUAGUACACUGACAAACAAUCAGUUUCCUCAGGAAAUCAGCAUGUUUCAUUAGGACAGAGGUGCACUCAGCUAACAUAUUCCUUUUUAAAACACUGCUAAAAGAACCUUAAAGCUGUGUUUCCACCAAGUAGUUCUGGAGGGUUGGAGGGUUAACCCUAACCCUCCGAUUUGGGUGUGGUAUCUAAAGUGUGUAGCUUGACACAUUGCCGUCUGUGAGAGACUCAAGUAAUAAUUGGAGUUGUAAGGAACGGAUGGGCUAGUCCCAAACAAACCUUUCUUCUUUUUGUCAUAAACAGCUACUUCCCAAGAAUAAUGAACACAAAACGCUGGGUGUCCUCCAUUGUUUUGCUGUGUCACAUUCCUUUUUUAUGUUGAAUACACCGACAGGUUGCAUGUGCCGCACUGUUGUUACGUAACAAUAUUUACUUCAAAAUUGUACUGUGACAAGCAGAACUGAACUGCACUGAUUGGUGGAAAGGUGGCUUUAGAUGAAUAUAGGAACUAGAUUGGCAGAUCCCCACUUGUACAUUGAAGGGCUUCUGACCUGAUACAAACUUUAAAAAAAAAAAAAAAAAAAGCCAUAACUUAAUCAAAUAUAUUUAACUUUGCAGCAUUUAAGACGAAUCACUUUCAUAUGUAAAACAAGAUAGCUUAUUAAAGAUUUUGUUACCAUAAUGUGAAAAAAAGUAAUUUAAAGUACUAUACUGAUGAGUCUGAACUGUGGGCCAGAUUAGAUCCAUUUCAGCAUUCACUGUUCACUAAUCUAUGAAAGUAACAAUCGUGAUUACUUCAUCUAAUUAGUGAGUGAAAGAUUCCAGCACAGUGGAUUUGAUUGAGCACCUCUGUGCCACACUGACUCAUGCUCAUGAACUGGAUGGUGACCUGCAGUCCUUUCAAUUUCAUGAAAUGACUUGGCGAUGUUCAUUUGUACAAUACACAAAUCCAAGUGAAGAAAUGAAACAUUUUACCACAAGGCCACAUACUCCAAGUCCAUGUCGAUUUUUGCUUGGACUAUUACUGUGCAUGCGAGCACUACUAUGGGAGCGGCUUCUCUCGAGGGGUGUGAAAAGUACAGUAUUAGCCAAUAUUUUGGCAUCCCACAGGUCAUCAAUAUUUAAUAUGACAUGAUGAAAUGAUUCAAACAAAUCAAGCCCUUCAAAUGUGAGCAUAGGUUUUGUUACCAUUAUGUGCGACACAUGUACCGAGUUUAAAAAGGUUCAAGAAAAAGUGUGACCAUGAAUCAAACGUACAAAAAAAACAUUCUUUGUGCUCUCCGUAAAAUUCUCCUGGACUGCAGAUUCCAAGGUGUACUGUACCUGAAGAACCUUAAAGGUUUACUGUAUAUUUCUGACUGAUGUUCUGUAUGUAAAGACUGAAUUAAACCUUGAAUGUUAAAUUAU